AGGAGAAUUGAGAUGUGGAUUUAGAGGGCGGGGUUGUUUAAGCCAAGCCCUACUUACAUAUCAGCUGCUUCAAAGCCAUUGUGCCUUCGUUAGGGUUUGUUUGUCACUGUGCAUUAAGUGAGAUCGGGAGGUCCCACAAUGGUUUACCAUCCUGAAUUUGAAAAUGCUGGUAAAGAGCCUGGCCUGCAGAUCUGGAGAGUGGAGAAGUUGGAUCUAGUCGCUGUGCCCAAAAACCUCUAUGGAGAUUUCUUCACUGGAGAUGCGUAUCUUGUAAUGCGCACCAUUAAACAGCGAUCAGGAAACUUGCAGUAUGAUCUGCAUUUCUGGCUGGGGGAUUCGUGUUCCCAAGAUGAAAAAGGAGCUGCUGCCAUCUUCACUGUGCAGUUGGAUGAUUAUCUCGACGGCAAACCUGUCCAGUACAGAGAGGUGCAGGGCCAUGAGUCCAACAUCUUUCUGGGCAACUUCAAGUCUGGCAUCAAAUACAAGGCUGGAGGGGUAGCAUCAGGUUUCUCCCAUGUAGUGCCCAAUGAAGUAACAGUACAACGUCUGCUCCAUGUGAAGGGCCGCAGAACGGUGCGAGCAUUGGAGGUUCCUCUGACCUGGGACAGCUUCAACAAAGGAGACUGUUUCAUCGUUGACCUGGGCACAGAAAUUUUUCAGUGGUGUGGUUCAAAAUCCAACAGAUUUGAAAGGCUAAAGGCCACAUACAUCGCUAAAGGUAUCCGUGACAAUGAGAGAAGUGGCCGUGCCAAACUGCGUGUGAUGGAGGAAGGAAUGGAGCCUGAAAGGUUGAUUGAGGUUCUUGGACCAAAACCAGAUCUGCCAGAAGGAACUCGUGACGACGAUAUUAAAGUUGAUGCGUCGAACAGAAAACUGGCUAAAUUGUACAAGGUUUCAGAUGCAGCUGGUGAAGUUCAAUUAAACAUGGUGUCUGCAGAGAACCCAUUCAAGCAGAGCAUGUUGGACUCUGAAGAUAGCUUCAUCCUAGACAAUGGUUCCAAUGGGCAGAUCUUCGUGUGGAAAGGUAAGAAUGCUAAUCCAGAAGAACGGAAAGCUGCUCUGAAAGCUGCUGAAGACUUUAUUACAAAAAUGGGAUACCCCAAGCACACCCAGGUUCAGAUUCUGCCAGAGACCGGUGAGACCCCACUGUUCAAGCAAUUCUUCAAGAAUUGGGUUGACCUGUAUCAGACGGAGGGAAUGGGAACCUGUUACGUCUCUGGGCAGAUUGCCAAAAUUGAAAAAGUGCCUUUCGAUGCUGCAACUUUGCACGAGUCUCCUGCCAUGGCUGCUCAAUAUGGAAUGGUGGAUGAUGGGUCUGGAGAUAAAACGAUCUGGCGUAUUGAAGGCAGUGACAAAGUACCUGUUGACUCAAGUACUCAUGGCCAGUUCUACGGAGGGGACUGCUACAUUAUCCUGUAUCCUUACACCUUCUCAGGAAGACAGGGUCACAUCAUCUAUUACUGGCUGGGAAGUGAAUCGUCCCAGGAUGAAAUGGGUACUGCUGCCAUCUUGGCUGUCCAGCUUGACGAGGAGCUAGGUGGUGGCCCUGUCCAGGUCCGGGUGAUCCAGGGGAAGGAGCCAGCCCAUUUGAUGAGCAUGUUUGGAGGAAAGCCGAUGGUUGUUUACAAAGGUGGGACCUCCAGAGAAGGUGGCCAGACUGUGCCUGCAGACAAUCGCUUGUUUCAAGUCCGAGCCAGCAGCUCUGGAUCCACCAGAGCAGUGGAGGUCGAUGUUGUUGCCUCCAACCUGAAUUCAAAUGAUGUCUUUGUUCUGAAGACUCCUGAAUCAUCCUUUCUCUGGGUUGGCCAUGGAGCCAGUGACACUGAGAAGCAAGGAGCCCAGCAACUGCUGGACAUACUGGGAGUCAGUGCCUCUGAAAUAACAGAGGGCAGUGAACCAGAUGAAUUCUGGACGAUCUUGGGUGGAAAGACAGAUUAUCGCACUUCACUAAGACUGAAAAACAAAAUGGAUGUCCAUCCUCCUCGCCUCUUUGCAUGUUCGAACAAGACUGGGCGCUUCAUUAUUGAAGAGGUGCCUGGUGAACAGAUCCAGGAUGAUUUAGCCACUGAUGACGUCAUGAUUCUUGAUACGUGGGACCAGGUGUUUGUGUGGAUAGGUAAUGAAGCACAUGAAGAAGAAAAAGCUGAGGCCCAAAAAUCAGCUAAAGAAUAUAUUGAGACGGAUCCUUCCAACAGGGAUAAGAGGACACCGAUAGUAAUUGUCAAACAAGGUUUUGAGCCUCCCUCAUUCACUGGCUGGUUCCUGGGAUGGGAUUACGAUUACUGGAGUGUCGAUCCCUUCCAGCGGGUCAUGGAUGAACUUGCUGAAUCCUAAAGCCCUGGGAACAUUCCCUACUGUCACGCUUUUGGUCUCUUUAAGGAGCUUUGAAGAAAUAUGAAUGUUAAAGUUUCGCCAACCAUGAGCACUGCUGCUUACUGCAAUUUUUCUGUGCAAUAUUUAGGCUGUGCGUUUGGCAUUUGCCACAUGAUGCUGCCUCCUGCUUUCAAUAAUUAAUGAAUAAAGAUUGACUAUUUUGAGAGCAAAA